AUGUUGUUCCUACAACGGCGUUGCGGUUAUUUCUCAUUGAGCGGUUUAGUCCCAGUGAACAGAGUAUUCUAUACCUACAUUAAGAAUACAAAGAGGUUUAAAAGUGAAAAACAAAGCGACAAUGCUAAGACGGUAGAUUCCUCAGAAAAAAUCAGGGAGCUGAUUGGGGAACUGAAGGAAAACGAUAAAGAUUCCGCCCAUACUUCUGGAACCCUACAAAGAGUGAAAAAACUUGGGAAAAAACAUGCACCUCGCCCGAAGAGGCUGAAGCGGGGUGGUGCUAGUGCCCCAAGCAGCCUCCCGAAGUACCGUAGUGCAUGCUUUGAACAGUAUUACUUUUUUAAGGAAGACGAUUUAAAUGAAACCACGACCCUUGGGAAAGGCCCUGGAGGUCAGGCGACGAAUCGUCGUAAGCAAACAAUCAUUUUAAGGCAUGGCCCAUCCGGCAUUAUUAUUCGUUUUGGCCAUUUCACCUCCUUGUGGUGUAAUCGACGUGCAGCCCGUGAACUUCUGAAUCUGCGUUUAGAGGAAAGUCUUCUUCACGAGGACUCCAAACUGGGACAAGUGAAAGCGAUGAAGGAGCGCCGCGGUCGACAACGACGGCGACAGAUAAAGCGGCUCUUGAUCAAAAAUAAUACCAUUGAGCGGGAACGAUCCACUCAACACGACUAUUUCUCCUUUUUGAAGGGUCUAAAGCCACUUCCUUCGGAGGCGGUCGCGCAAAUUCCACCCACGUCUAGGGCCGCCUCCGGUGAAAAAUUUUUGAUUUCAACGUUGUUGGAUGUGGAGUGCAAUAAUUGGUGGCCGAUACUUCAGGGGGCGUUUGCGUACGCGAACACCCCACUUAGCUACGAUGACGUGGCCACCUCUCCCUCAACAGCGAAUUAUGCUUCUCUACCGCUUAUAUUCGAAUAUCUUUUCCCCUUAGCGGUGGGGUCCUCCAAGGAGGACCUCCUGUUGGGGCGGGAUUGCCGUGAUGCCGACGCGUUGGCCAACAUCCAGCGCGCCUUCCGGUGUUUUUGUGAGAUGUUUGGCCUGCGAUUGAAAGAACUGACCCGAGGGGAUGGAUCGCCUGGCAUUGCGUUGGUCACGGAUGGGGCGAACUGGGUCGAGUUGAGGGCUCGCAUGAUAAAUUCAGUGGAUGGUAAACCCACGGACUUUGCGAGGGUAAUGUGGCCCCAGGUAUAUUAUAGCCUGAGGGCUCUGAAACUGAUACAGGAGGCGACGUCUGUGAGAGAUUUUUUCCGGCGAGAGGUAAAGAGGCAUGGGUCAAGCUGGGGAAAAGAAAUGCUUGAAGCGCUAUCUCGAAGAGUCGAGUAG